AAAUUAGUCUUUUAGGAAUUUACUAAGUGAAACUAUUCCAUUCUCUGGAUUUCCGGCCUUCUCUCAGCUCGAUCACCCAUGUCGAGGGGUUUACAACUUUAGGCUUUGUUUAUUUUAUAAUACGAGCGUACACGCAGAUGGUUUAAACUCCGCUCUUAAUUUAUAGCCAUCGAUACAAAAGGUCCUCGAAGAACAUUCGAGACAUAUCGAUACAAUAGUCUAUUCGAUAAAUAUUCCCAUGUCAAUGUCGCCAUACCACUCUAGACAUAUUCACGUGAUAACGUUUCACGUUACAAUAGUCUGGUGUAACAGUGACUAUAGAUAGUCACUGGCUGUAAUCUGUAAUCACUAUUCUUAGUCACUGUAGUCACGUAGUCACUGUUGAUAUGCGUUUGUUCCAGUUCUGUUUGAAAAUUAAAGAUCCACGAUGGGUAUUUCAGGAUUAACUACAUUCAUAAGCAAUCGCUCAAAUCGUUACCUACAAUAUUACGAAUUACAUGAUACGUAUUUGGUAAUUGAUGGUAACAAUAUUCGCUGUCAACUAUAUAAUUGGUAUGUGAAAUGUAAUUGUGCCUUUGGCGGCGAUUAUGAUAAGUAUGCACAAUGUGUAUCAGAUUUUUUUGAUAAUCUAUCAAAAUGUAAUAUAACACCAUUGGUUUUAUUUGAUGGGGCUUAUGAGAAUAAGAAAAUGAAAACUACUAUAAGUAGAAUAAAGCAAAAGCUCCAUAGAGCAUCAUCUUUUUGCCCUCUCAGUCAAGAGAGAAUGAAAUUUUUCCCUCUAUUUUUAACCAAAGUUUUCAAAAAUGUUUUGAAAGAAAAUAUUCGUUACAUGCAAUGUUUAUUCGAGGCUGAUAAUGCUAUAGCCUCUGUGGCAAAAAUUUUAAAUUGUCCUGUACUCAGCUAUGAUUCUGACUUCUACAUAUAUGGAUCAUUAUAUAUACCAUUUAAUACAUUAGAUAAAUAUGCAACGAAAAGUGGAACAGGAAAAGGCUAUAUGAUACGCUGUAAAAUUUAUAGAACUGAGUAUUUAUUGAAUUCUUUUAAAGGUUUAGAUGAAUCAAUGUUACCACUGGCAGCGAUACUCUUGGGUAAUGAUUAUGUAAAACGUGGUACAUUUAAGAACUUCUUUCGUCAUUUAAAACUACAUGGAGCAUCAAGGAGUAAACAUAACUACCAACAACGUCGUAUAGAAGUAAUCUUCACUUGGUUAAGCACAUAUACAUUGGAUAAAGCUGUUGCAGGAAUUUUAAGCAGAUUAGUCAAGCCUAUACGACAAAAAAUACUGCACUUGAUAGAGACUAGUAUAAACAGUUACACAAAUGCAUCUACUGAAAUACUUAUUCCAUUAGGUUUUUCAAAAGACUAUGUUGCCCAAGUAAAUAGCCAUCAUUUAAAUAGAAUUUUCAAAUAUGAUGGUGAUAUUGAUAGCUUAACAUAUAUAGAAGAAAUUGGUGAAAAAGAUGGCAUUGACACAAGCGAAGAAGAGGAAGAAGAAGAAGAGAAUGUAAUAAUGAACAUACGGGAUGAGUCUGAAUCAAUGUCCAGUAAUGUACUUGUUAGUAAUUUACCUGUAUGGUUUAUAAAUGAACUUCUAAUGGAUAAACACCCGCCAUAUUUUCUGGACUUAAUUAUUCGACGCGUAUAUAUUUGUUCUCCACAAAUAGAGGACUGCAAUUAUCCUUCGACCGUUAUGAUAUGUUCAAGAAUUAUUAACGUUAUAUUUGCACUUCUAAAAUCAGCAGCAAACGAUGAAAUACGUUCUAUGAGCUAUAUAACCAGAGGUAAAAACGAUUCAAUAGCACGUUAUGAAUUAGAAUGUACAGGAAGUAUACUUUCUUGUGCACUUCCAUCUUUAGCUAAUCUAAGAGAAGUUCCAUUAACUAUUAGAAGACAGAUUUUAAAUGAUACAUUAGAAAUUGCAGAACAUAUGGCACAUAUAAAUGAAUUUCCAUCAGAAUGGAUAUUAUAUAUAAUGUGUAUAAAAUAUUGGAUGAAGCGCCAUGAUCCUUUCACAUUAUUAUACAGUUGUGCAUACUCCCUAUUUGUUUGUAUGUUAUUUCAUGUAAUAGAUCUAAAAAUUGGGAAAUAUAGAGUUUUAUACAAUUUUCAAUGUAAAUACAGUAAAAGGCUUCAGGCUAUAGAAGAGAAAAGAAAAGCAAAUAGUUAUAAACCAAAUUAUUCUAUGGAUGUUACAAUUACUGAAGCCCUUAAUGAAGUCGAUCCUGAUGAUUGUAUACUGGCAGCGCCUUUUUUCAUUUCUCAUUUUGAAAUGGAUACAAAAUUGUAUUCAAAUCCAAAGAAAUUUAAUAAAUUUAUAGUUCAUAUAUUUGCAGAGUUUCAAAAUUGUUUAAAACAUGGUAUGGAUUUGAAUACACUUUUAGGAGAGCCUUAUCCAUCAACUAAUAUUGCUAAUUUAUAUAACGGUACCUUACUGUAUAAUUUAUCUACUAAUUUUCAAUCGCGGGAUGAUAUUGAAAGAUAUAUAAAUACUGCGUUUCAUAAAUCACCAAGCCUUUUAAGGGUCUUUAAUAUAUUUUUGGUAAAAAUAAAACUUUUGCUUCCGUUAAUCCAGGAAGUUAAAUCUCGCAAAAAGCACAGAAGGCGUAAACGUCAAAAAUUAAAUCAUGACUCGGAUAAAGAUGAUUCUGAGUACUAUAGCGCUGAGGAAGACUUAGAUGAAUCAGAAUUUCAUGAUCCAAAUAAUCGAUUUUGUUCAUUUGCUUUAAACUAAAUAUUUUUUGUAAACUAAACUACUUUACUGUUAAUACUUGUUAUAUUUUAUAUAAAAAUUUAAACCCUACGAUUCAUAUGUAAUGUAACUAAAUGCGAGUGUAAAAUAAGAUUAAACUAAAGAUCUAUCGGUCUAAAAAUUUUCA